UAAUGACAAAAAAACGUAAACAAAGCAAAAAUCUACAAAUAUUGACGGAAAAAUGGAUUACAUUUGGUGGCUAUCGAUGUCCUAGCCAAGCGCUCCCACCCAUCCAUGGAUGCCCUCAAGAUGCUGCAGGGCACCACCCAUUCGCUGUCGGCAGGAGCCCCCUCCUCGCGACUACGGCUACGGUUCCAUCUCCCCCACUGGGAAAGCUUACUGACACAUAGUGGGUAUUACAAAGGUUUAAUAAAUAUCCCUUUAAGACCGAUACCUGGCCGCCGUCUCGGAUAUUUACGCGGUCAAAGCAGAGGAUUCGUUUUGCUGGAAAAGGGUACAGGCGCCGCGGAAACUAUGCUCUACCAGCCAUGUAUUGGUAGAGCUCGCAUGGAAACGCGGCCCUCAAAGGAACAUGCGCGAUGCGCGUGUGUAUGGUCACCUAAUCCUGAGGAGCUCCAGGGGAAAAGAAUGGACAGGCCAUAUAUACCAUUUAACUAAUGCUUGCGACCUUUUUAGUUUUAGGCAAACAAAG